UCGAAGCAUCACAUCUAAGAUAGAAUUUGGUGAAUCCCACUUAUUAGGCUACGACGAUCUCAUCGCCUUGACAGGUUCAGCGGCUAAAGAAUCGCAUUAAUUCUGCAUACUUCAAAUUUUUACCGAUCUGGCAGCCCAAACAAAAUCGCGAAUAAUGGCAAUCCCUGGUGAACCAGAAGACGGGCAGUUAAAAGUUGUGAGAGAAAGAAGAAAAUGUGAAUUUCGAAAAAUGAUUGGCGAUUAUAUCGACACUGUCGUCCGCAUUGUAAUUACAAUUUCACUGGCCGAUCUACUGCAGCGGGUUUUCUUAUCUGCCUAUGAAUAUAUAUGGAAUCCCAGAUUUUAUUUGCCGGAUGAACGCUUCUGGACCAUUUUGCGACGUACUCACACCUACAGCAACAAGCAUGUGUACUUAAUGCUAGCCUUCGGAUGUCUGGGUCUGGCGCGUUUUGGCGUUACAGGCAAUCUGAAACCCAUUCUGCCAUCAGCCAUGUAUCUGGCCUGCAUGCCGCUUUAUUGGCUAUUCAAUGAUCUUGGAGAGAGUACCUUGUCUUAUGCCAAUUGGGUAAGAGAUACCCAUGGUUUAGAUUAUGCAUCUGGGAUGGCAUCAAGUUAUUUCCAUGGCUAUUUAAAUCUUGCUUUGCCCGAUCGCAGCGAUGAUGGACUGCAACAUAGAAUGCGGCGAUAUGAGGACUCUCACAAUGUGACAUUUGGUGUGCAUCGACUAAUAAUACUCAUACCCGAUGAAAUGUGGGUGGGCGGCAGAAUCAAUAGUGAUUUGCUAGAACCAGCUCAGCCCUUGGAGACAAUCAAUAUUAAUCGAGCAGGUGUAAAAGGUCGACCCUAUAAAAUUGCAGUUUAUAGGCUAAACAGAAAGAUAAACGGGAAAUAUUAUUACUUUGCUUUGGAGGGAGCAACACCAAUGUUAUCUUUCUUUGAGUCGAUUCAAUCGAAUUUAUCAGCCACAUGGUAUAUGCGGGAAUUGAAACGUGAAAUUUGGCUAAAAUUUUCAGCACACUUGAAGAAUCUACUCACCACCUGGCCAGAGACUCGUGGGAAGGUGGAGCUUCUAAUGUACAAUUCUUUGGAUGAUAAUGGCAAUGCCAUUGAUGUGGGUGAACUUGUCAUUGCACAAAUGGAAAAGUGGAAUAAGACUAAGAAAGUGCAGUAAAUGAACGUCCAAAUCUUCUUAUGGAACUUGCGUGCCAUAUUCAUAAAUUUUUUUUAUGUAUGCAUGUAUAUUUUCAACAUGAUUUAAUCAUUUAUUCAUAUAGCUGUUAAGAAAAACUAAAGAGUGCCUUGUGCGUAGAAUUCGCGAAAUUUCAUAUUUUCUAUCAAAACAAAAAAAAAGUUAUAACAAAAGUUAUAUCGCUAUAAAAACUUAAUUCAAUGUAAUGUCGAAAUGCAUGUUUUAUGAAUAUAUUUUAUAUUGUAAGUUCCAAAAUAAUGGAAGCUUCUGUGAGAAAACCUUUAGUUAAAUUCAAUGUCUUAACGAUACAAUGCAUUUUUUAUAUGUUUUUUAUUGCAAGGUGCUAAAAUAAUAAAUUAAGUUCACUUAUGUUUGUACUCACAUAA